AAAGCCAUCCUGAACCGAAAAGAAGAAACCCUAAAUCCUAUUCCCUCCUAUCUUCCUUUGCCGCCGCCACACACCUAUCUUUGUCAUUUUGUUUUCACCUUCACCUUCUUCUCCAUAUACCACCUCUUCUCUACACCCUACGCCGGAAAAUUCCCUCCGUCGCAUUCCCAGGCCGCCACCCUCAUCGGCAAACGCCCGUUUCUUCCUUUUCUCCCUCUUACCCUCUCUGCUGCAGCCUCGCCGGCACCCACUACUGCGCAAACUUCCUCUACUCGUCUCCAAGGUCAUGGCAGAUUCAAACUCUCCUGGUUCGUUCCAACCUCCUCCUGUUACCCCAUUUCCAAUUCUUAUUGAUGGGGCAGAUCGUGAUCGAGCACUUGCUUCUUCUAUGGUCUGUUCUCGUCGAGAAGUGCUUGAGCGCCGGUCCCGAAGAGCGAAACAGCUUUGUCGAAUCUUCAAGGAACUGUACUGGUUUUUGUUGGAGGAACUCAAGCGCAAAUACAGGGAGUAUUAUUGGACAUAUGGCAAGAGUCCGUUUAAGGAGGACGAGAAGGAGGCUGAAGGCAUUGGCGAUUAUCCAGAGGGUAUUGGGGAGAAUGGAAAGCUAGGAUUGGGUUCUUCGACUGGGAGCGAUGAGAUUAGAAGGUGUGAUGUCACAGGUUGCAAGGCGAAGGCGAUGGCAUUGACAAAAUACUGUCAUGCUCAUAUCCUCUCGGAUAAAAAGCAGAGGCUCUACAAGGGUUGCACCUUUGUGAUCAAGAGUAUGCAGUCAGGGCCGCUUCUAUGUUCGAAGCCUGUUUUAAGAUCAACUGUUCCCUGCUAUUGUUCAGGUCAUCUACAAAAAGGCGAAAAGUGUUUAGCUCGAGAUUUAAGAAAAGCAGGUCUUAAUGUCUCCUCAACUAGUAAGCUUCGUCCUGAUUUUCAUGUGUUGAUAGCUGAAUACGUCCGGCAAAUACAAAGCAAAAGGAGAGCGACGAAAAGAGCUACUGCUAUUAAAAUUGAGAGUAACUGAGAAGGUGUAUGACGUGUGAGGAGACGAGACCCUCGGUUUGCAAAAGAAAAUGUUGCAAUCCUGUUUGUGUAUUCAAUCCAACCCCUUUUUCUCGGUCGAAGAAUUUGUUGAUAAAAUCAAUUUUUGUGUAUGAUCCAAUCCCUUCUUCCUUUUCGUUCA